AAAAUUUUACUACAUCACGCUGCUGAGAGACCCCGUAUCUCGUUACCUCAGCGAAUGGCGUCACGUCCAACGAGGAGCUACUUGGAAGACCUCCUUGCACAUGUGUGAUGGCAGGACACCAACUCCUGAAGAGCUGCCGUCGUGCUAUGAAGGCACGGACUGGUCAGGCUGCACGCUGCAGGAGUUCAUGGAUUGCCCCUACAAUUUGGCCAACAACCGUCAAGUGAGGAUGUUGGCUGAUUUGAGCUUAGUGGGCUGCUACAACAUGUCCUUCAUCCCAGAGAACAAGCGAGCACAGAUCCUGCUGGAGAGCGCAAAAAAGAACCUCAAAGACAUGGCCUUCUUUGGCCUGACAGAGUUCCAGAGAAAGACUCAGUACCUGUUUGAGAGAACUUUUAAUCUGAAAUUCAUCCGGCCCUUUAUGCAGUACAACAGCACCAGGGCAGGAGGGGUGGAGGUGGAUAACGACACCAUCCGGAGGAUUGAGGAGCUCAAUGACUUGGACAUGCAGCUCUAUGACUAUGCAAAGGACCUCUUCCAACAGCGCUACCAGUACAAACGGCAGCUCGAGAGGAUGGAGCAGAGGAUAAAGAAUCGGGAAGAGAGGCUUCUUCACCGGUCCAAUGAAGCACUUCCCAAGGAAGAGACUGAAGAGCAAGGACGCUUGCCCACUGAGGACUACAUGAGCCAUAUUAUAGAGAAGUGGUAGCCUAGUCAGACUUUUAUAUUAAUGAUAUUCUAGGGUUUCCGUAUAAAAGAUCAUGGAAGUAAAA